ACCCCCUUCCUACCCCCGAGGCUCCUCAGCGGUCUCCCUAGUGGCCCGGCUCGGGCGGUGGGAGCCCGACGCCGUCCUCCUUCCGUCACCGGGUCGCAGACCGACCCUCGGCGCCUCGCAGCCGCCACCCCCCAAGUGUCCGGGCCGCGCUCGGCGGGCCCCUGAGCCGCAGCCAUGGGGUGCUGGCGUCGGAACCGGGUCCGGCUUCUGUGCAUGCUGUUACUGACCUUCAUGUUCAUGGUGCUGGAGGUGGUGAUUAGCCGGGUGACCUCGUCGCUGGCGAUGCUCUCUGACUCCUUCCACAUGCUGUCGGACGUGCUGGCGCUAGUGGUGGCCCUGGUGGCCGAGCGCUUCGCCCAGCGGACCCAUGCCACCCAAAAGAACACGUUCGGCUGGAUCCGGGCCGAAGUGAUGGGGGCUCUGGUGAACGCCAUCUUCCUGACCGGCCUCUGCUUCGCCAUCCUGCUGGAGGCCAUCGAGCGCUUCAUCGAGCCGCAGGAGAUGCAGCAGCCGCUGGUGAUCCUCGGGGUUGGCGUGGCGGGGCUGCUGGUCAACGUGCUGGGGCUCUGCCUCUUCCACCAUCACAGCGGGUUCGGCAAGAACUCCAGCCACAGCCACAGCCUCCCCAAGGGGGUCCGCGGCAAGAGUAACCGCCCCGGGGACAGCGACAACAUGAAAUCGGCUGACCAGAGAUCUGAUCAGGAGGAGACCAACACCCUAGUGACCAGUAAUAGCAACUCCAACGGGCUGAAACUGGACGGGACAGAUCCAGAAAAGUCCAGAAGUGAUGCAACGGAAUUACAAGUGAAUGGGAAUGUUAUCCGAGAAACUGACAAUGCAGAAGAUGAUAAGGCCGGACAACUUAACAUGCGUGGAGUUUUUCUGCAUGUCUUUGGAGAUGCUUUGGGUUCAGUGAUUGUAGUAGUAAAUGCCUUGGUCUUUUACUUUUCUUGGCAAGGUUGUCCUGAAGGGAAGAGGUUCUGUGUGAACCCAUGUAUACCUGACCCCUGCACAGCAUUUGUAGAAGUAAUUAAUAGUACUUAUGAAACAGUUUAUGAGGCUAGUCCUUGCUGGGUGCUAUAUUUAGAUCCAACUCUUUGUGUUGUAAUGGUUUGUAUACUUAUUUACACAACUUGUCCAUUACUUAAGGAAUCUGCCCUUAUUCUUCUACAAACUGUUCCUAAACAAGUUGAUAUCAGAAAUUUGAUAAAAGAACUUCGAAAUGUCGAAGGAGUUGAGGAAGUUCAUGAAUUACACAUUUGGCAACUUGCUGGAAGCAGAAUCAUUGCCACUGCUCACAUAAGAUGCGAAGAUCCGACAUCAUACAUGCAGGUGGCUAAAAUCAUCAAAGACGUUUUUCAUAAUCACGGAAUUCACGCUACUACCAUUCAGCCUGAAUUUGCUAGUGUAGACUCUAAAUCAAGUGUAGCCCCAUGUGCACUUGCCUGCAGAACGCAGUGUGCUUUGAAGCAAUGUUGUGGGUCUCGGCCACAAACCCAUUUUGGAAAGGAUACAGAAAAAGCCCCAACAGUUAGCAUUUCUUGUUUAGAACUUAGUGACAAUCUAGAGAAGCCCAAGAGGACUAAAGUUGAAAACAUGCCUGCUGUUGUGAUAGAAAUUAAAAAGGUGCCAAACAAACAACCUGAAUCAUCUUUGUGAGUCUUGAAAAAGAUGUGAUAUUUGACUUUUGCUUUAAACUACAAGAGGAAAAAGACUCCAUUGAAAUUCUAAGUUUGCCAAGUAGUGUAAUUGAAGUCCUUGUCUGGUCACACAGUUUAAUUCUAUUUUUGUAAGAACAUAAUGGGACUGCUUGACAGAGUUCUAGAUUACAACUUUGUGAUUCUUAGUGCAGAGUACAGCUAUGCUGUAACAAUUUUGGAAAGCCAGUUUUAACACUAUGUUACAUUUUUGUUUAAAGUAGUAUAAACCUUAUAUAACAUAAUGACAUUUGAUUUCCAGUUUUUCCAUGGUGAAAAAUUAAUUAGGGGGAUAAAUAAAUUAAAAUUGUUACUGGAAUUCCUCUGCUUUUCUUUUCCCCCGGUGUUAUAUUUUGUUUAUUAGAAUUAUAAUUGCUAGAACUUUAAAACUCACCAACAACUUUUUUCCUUUGAUACUUAGGUAAUAUUUACUUGCUCUUUAAGAUAAUUACAUAGCAUAGUAGCAACAUAUUUUAAGAGUGACUGAUGGGUGUAAUUAAGAAAGGUUUCUUUUUUUCCACACGGGGUAUUUAUAAUACUAAAGAUCAGUUCUUCUGUAUAUUCUAUAUUGCUGAGUAUUAAUCUAAUAUAAUAAACAGUGAGAUAUAAUUAACAAAUUGAACUAUAGUUUACACAUACUAGGGCAUAUGGGGAGUAAAAGCAGGGAAAGAAGUUUACCAAAUUAAAUAUUUAGAUUAUUGUAAAUUAACAUUGAGACUACAUUUCUAAAUUAUUCUGAGGGUUUGAACGUGUUUUCUCUUACCAAAGUUAGUCUAAAACACGAACAUGUUCACCAGCAUUACUUGCUUUGAAAGAUUGGCAUCAGAAGCACAUAUAUACAGUAAAUGUUUUUAAGGACAUUAAACUCAAUCUAAUAAUUACAUGUUAAAUGCAAGCUUACUAAUGGAAUCUUUUAAACUGUGGGUGUUUAAAAAAACUUUCCAGUGUUAAAGUCAUUUCGUCGUGACCAAUCAUGAAUGGGUUCAAAUGCAGCUUUUCAAACACCACCAGCAAUGCUUGUGUUUUGCCAAGAGCCACUGACUUGGGAGGAGAACGAAAUCUGAAAGUUAAUGGAGUUUGGGUAUUAAAUUCUUAAAAAGCAAAAUAAGUUAGGGCAAAAUUAAUAAUUAAGAUUCUAUAAGUUAUCCUGUCUUGAUACUGCUAUCUAGUAGCGGCUUGUUUAGUGAGGCUACAAUACCCACACAGGAAAUUGUUCUUGGCUAUUUUAUUGUUGCUGUGGAUUUCAAAUCCAUAUACAAAUGUUAUUUAAGGGUAUUUAAGUUAUAUUUUUCUUGAUGAGAGGGAUUAUGCUUUGUGAAGAAACUGUAGAUUUUCGACCUCAAAAGGAGGAAUAUUAAUAUCAGUUAUCAUGUAUAGCUCUAUUUUUCUAGAAACAAGGUAUCCUGACUACUUCAGUGACUUUUAUAGCUGACUACUUUUGAGAUGGCGACCUUUUGGGAUUUGAAAUAAUUCAUUGUUUAAUGGGUCUUAAGAUGAAAGCGCUGGCCUGUGACAGUUAACUUUUUAAAGGAAUGAUCUUCUGUGGUAGAUGGUGUGUUGUUGUUGUUUUUUUAGCAUAAGCCUAUUGCUGGCAAUGGGCCUAUUUAAGAACAGCCGAUUUUUCCAAUUAGAAUGAGGUAAUUUUAGGAACACAGUUUGUAAGUUCACAUUUACUAUAAUGGGCCAAAACCAUAACCUGCCAAUUUGCAAUACAUCUUGAUAUUUUAAUACUCUUACUUAAUAUUGUGGAAUUCAAUUCCUAAACUGGUAGUUACUUUGAAUAUUGCAGACAAUUUUUUUAAACAAUGAAAUUGGGGGAUUUCAUUGUAUGGAUGAAUAAGAGAAAGCUUCAAAUUGUACUGUAUCCUGUACAUUCCUGAUUUAACACUUUAAACUACAAAACAUUAAGAUCUCAAAACAGUUUGUUAUAGAAACAUUUCAGUAAUGAUAACAAUAGGAUAACUGAUAAAAUAUAUUACAUUUAAUAAUUUUUUUUUUUUUUUUACAAAUGCUCUAUUUGGUCUUUUUUUUUUCAAAUGAUGUUUAAGCUUUGGACAAGGGGUUUUUUUGUUUUUGUUUUUUUCAAAAGUGCUUUGAAGGUAACAACUUCUAGAUUUCAGUUAUUUCACUUUUCAUCAUUUUUAAGUAGCUUAUAUGUAACAAAGUGGUACCAUAGGAGGAUUCUCUUUUUUCAAAGGACUUUGUCAUAAUAGCAAAAUCAGUGGGCACUGACUCACCUUUUGAGUUUUAGCAGAGAAUUAUUUAUUUCUUUACAGAAUGCACUUUCUAACCCAUUUUUUAGCUUUAUUAGCAUUAUCUUUUAAAAAUGCUUUUAUAUUUAAAUAUUGUGGGACAUAGGCUCCCCCCCCCCCCAAAAUAGCUUCUUCCUUCCUGAAAGAAAAUGAAGGGAAUACGCUGAAUUAUUAGGAGAUUUAAACCCAAUAUUUAAAUAUGCUGUUUUAUAACACUGCAUCAGUUUUAGGAGGUGCAUCUCUCCUGCUGGCUCUUUUAUAUUUGAGCAAGAUUAGUGUAUUUAGAAUAUGUUUAGCAACUUGUCUACUGUCUCUGUUUAGUGAGAAGGAGGUGCUGCAUGUACCGGAAUUAAAACCAACUCAGAAAUUUUUCCAAGCCAAAUGCAGCUUUAGUGAUGAGAGAUUUAAAUCUUCAUUGUCACCUUUUACUUAUAUGAAUGUUUAGUUGUUUUUGAAGGGCAUAUGCAUUAUAAAAGUAUGGACUAGAACCUACAAGAAAUAUAAAGGUCAAAGAACUUGCUCUACGUAUUUUUAACAUUUUAGAAAACAAUGUGUGACUGACUAAGGUAUGUCAUUUGAACAGGAAAAAUUUCCAUCCAGAGCACCUUUGGAAAAUCACACUAGGUAGGAGACUAUGUUAACAUUUGUAUCUUGUUAACAGCCUCAGUUAAUUGUGAACUUUUGAAAGUUUUGAGGGAAAAGGCCUAUGGAACCUAAUGUGAAGUAUUUAGUAGGCUAACUGGUAUUGGGUUGAAGGUUUUUACUGUUUCUAAGCAGAUAUCAUUUGAAUGAUAUGUCACUUACCUGCUGUCUUAAGAUGUUCACAUACAUAAAUGUGGAUAAUAAUUCUACAAUAUAGAAAUAUUUAUUUUAAUAGUGUUUCAGUUAAGUCAUAAAACAGUGUUAAAACUCUUGGGAAGGUGGAGGGGUUUCUUGUUUUCUAAACUGAAACUGUCAAAUACAGUGUUUGACCAUCUGAAGUGGACAUUGUAACCACUGUUUUGAUGUAGCACUACCAGUUCUGUGUGGCAGUGCUAUUUUCUUUCACUAAGCUCUGGAAUAUUUAGCAGUCACUUUUACUGGCACAAGAGCUUUUUGUAUGUCAUUCAGUUUAAACUUUCAAACCAAAAAUUUUAUGGUCCAGUGUCUUUGGCAAAAAGAUGCUGAAGGGAAUGUAACAAAAAAUUAAUAUGUGGUUAUAUAUAAAAAGACAAAAAUUGCCACGUUAUGGUUCUGCCUUGAAACAGCACAAUGAAGUAUAGCAGUGUGUUCUGUGGUUCUUUAUCAAACUUCAAUGUCGUGUUGUUUUGUGUCUGCCACAGCCUGUCCUUCAGGCCAGAUGUGGCCCAGUUAAAUGCAACUAUCAUCUCAUUAAAUACAGAUGCACAUAAAAUGUCUUCAGUGCUGCAACCUUUUACCGAACUUUCUGUAUGUUUUAUGACUGUGCAUUGUUUUCCAAAGCUGUUCCUACCUCAUCAUGAGGCUUUAUGAAUUGUUAUGUAUUAUAAAUGUUCUUUAUGAGACAGACUACUGUGUUUCUUCUCAUUUAUUAAAAGUUAAGUAGAAAAAUAAAUUAAUUUUUAAAUAUCUAUUUGAUUAUUUUGUGCAUGCUAGACUGAGUUAUGUAGAAGAGAGUUGGACCUUAGGUAUUGAAAGGGAAGUUGCAGCUUAACAUGAGUUGCUGGUGUGCAGAAUGACUAGGUUACAGGACAGUGAUGUGAAGGAAAACAAAUGUGGGCAGACAUUUCGAUGGAAAUUGAACGGGUAACUGUAAAGGCUCACCAACAUGAAAUACUCAGUGGCUGUGAAAAUUUUCAGUAAACAUAACUUUACCUAUAGGUUAAUCUUUUGGUACUCGCUAUUAUUUAUUU